AUGAGCGCUCUGCGUCGCAAAAACAUCAACAACGCCUCCGCGGCGAUGCCUUCGAACAACACCUCGCCCGCGUUGCCAAUCAAUUUCGUGGAAAAUAUGAUAUCAGAAAUAAACGCGCACUCGACGCCAGAGGUGCAAGCGAAAGCGCUGAUCGCUUUAGCGGCGUUAUCGUUGCGAGUGAAACUCGACCCGGAGAGUUUCUUACGGGUGGUUGAACCAAUCUUGGACGUUUUAGAGACGAAGAAUAACGAGAAUAACGAUACUAAAAGUGAUGAUUUCGAAGGCGUCACCGCCGCCGCCUUGGCCGCCUUGAGCUGCUUCCUCGGGAACGUGGAACGAGCGCAUCGAGAGAUGCUUCGAAACGAACAAAAAGGAAUGAAAAUAGUACUACAAGCGAUCGAGAAAGCAAUGGAGGAGAAUGAACGAGUGAAAAUCGUCAACGGUCUGGACUGCUUAGUGUGGACGUGCAGAGAUAAAGAAUGCGCGAGUUUCGUUUUAGUGGGAGAUGAUGGGAAGAGAGUCGUCGAAGAGGCGAGGAAAAUGUGCGAGGUGGAAUACGUCGAGGGGAGGUAUUUUCCCGGAGAGAAGAUGAGCGGAGACGACGUUAACGACGACGAUACUAAUACGAAUAAUACGAAUAGUAAUACUAAUAGUAAUAACAAUAGCGAGGAAAAGGCGAAGGAAAAAGAUAAGAGCACGAGCAGUGACAACAACGGUAGCAAAAACAACGGAAAAGAGGAAGCGAAAAGAGUCCACUACCGGCGGCAGGAAGACGCGGUUGCGCCGAAACAAAUCGUCGCCGGCGCGUUUGAGCUCUUCGUAGCUUUGUCCGUCUCGGAAGCGGAGAAGAUUACCAUGGAACACGGCGGUUUAGAGGUGUUCGCAUCGGCAAUAAAACGAGUCGGGGGUGGUGACGAAGGCGUCGAUAUCUUCACCAAAAACGAAGAGGCGAAAUAUCUCGAACACUUCAAAAACGGCGGCAGUUUGAACCCGAGGGAAGAUCUCGAACGCCUCAAACAAGACGAAAUAAACGAAACCGCCUCUCGCGCGUUAGUCGGAAUCAGCUGUUGCUGCAAAUUUCCAGGCACCGCUUUGAAGCUCUGCUCGGACGAAAUCGUCGUUCGUAAAAUAGCCACGUUCAUGACGAGCUCGGACCCGAACGUCAAGCAACAAGCUUUGGCGUUGUUCACCGCCGUCGCUCGAGCGCCCGAAACAAAACCCUUGAUCGAGAAAGCCUUGAGAGGGGCGAGAGAUGUCGUAAAGAGCGUUUAG